AUGAUUCCGUCCGCUAAGAACCUAAAGGGCAUGGGUCAGCCUCGCGUGGCUGAUAGCUAUAAGAGGGGGUUCUCGGACCGCGAUAUAGAGCAGGCGGUCAUUGCAAUGAAGAAAGGGACGCGGUUGUUGAAGUAUGGCCGACUGGGAAGGCCGCGAGCCUGCUAUUUCCGUCUGUCUGCCGACGAGACGGAGCUGGUGUAUCUCUCCGGCGACCGGGAGAAAUCGCUUCCUCUCUCCGCAGUCAGCACGAUCGCGUGGGGCCAGAAAACAGCCAUAUUCCACCGGCACCUGCGGCCCGACAAGGAGAACCAGUCCUUCUCCAUCAUCUUCUGCAACGGCGAACGAACCAUCGACGUCAUCUGCAAGGACACGGACGAGGCGGAGAUGUGGUUCGUGGGGCUGGGCACGCUCGUGGAGAAGCAGCGCCGCACGCAGUCGGAACGGCUGGGUAGGCAGGCGAUGGUGGUGGCGGAGAGAGGGACACCCGACUGGUCGCCCAACUCCUCGCCCUUCUUUUCUGUGGACCUCAACCGCUUAAUUUCGUGUUCACACGCGGGCCUCAUGCCCGCGUUCAAGUCCGCUCAGUACACCUUCUUCCCAUCCCCAUCCCUUUCCACCACUCUGCACCCCACUCAGCCCCAAGCAGGCGGGUCCGUGACAGCCAGUCCGCCAGACAGCCUGAGCCCAGACGUGGCUCUCAUGCCCGCGUCCAAGUCCGCUCAGCACACCUCCUUUCCAUUCCCAUCCCUUUCCACCACUCCGCACCCCUCUCAGCCGCAGGCAGGCGGGUCGGUAACAGCCAGUCCGCCAGACAGGCUGAGCCCAGACGUGGCUCCCAUGCCCGCGUCCAAGUCCUCUCCGGUUCAGAACACCUCCUUUCCAUCCCCCCUUUCCACCACUCCGCACCCCUCUCAGCCCCAGGCAGGCGGUUCCGCGACUGCCAGCCCGCCAGACAGGCUGAGUCCAGACGUGGCCCCCAUGCCCGCGUCCAAGUCCGCUCAGGACAUCUCAACGUACCCAGCAGCAGACGACCGCUCCAGUGACGGAGACGAUGCCUCAGACACUGCCUCUCUCAGUGGCUUCUCCGUGCUCUCCGUGCCUCACGCGUCCGCCGCCAAUGCGCAGUCGAUUCUGGGGUUGAAUAGUAGCGGUGGCGGUGGGGUUGGAGGGGUUGUUGGGAGCGGUGGGGUGGGGGGUGGGGGUGGCAGUGGGGUUGCCAGUGGGAGUGUGACUAUAGCGGGGGCAGCUGGGCCUGGGACGAGUUCUGUCCUUUCCACCACGUCCUCGUCGUCCUCCUCCUGGUGGGACAAAUCCUCUGCUUCCAGUAGAACGGAGUCUACAGCUGUUACGCAGGGUAAACCACCCUCGGGAAUGUGGGCUGAUGCUGCUGCAGUGGCAAGUCACCCGAGCGCAACCAGUAGUGCAGGGGAGGACGCGGGGGGAGAGGCGCUAGGAGAUCUGUUCAUGUGGGGGGAGGGGCUGGGGGAAGGGGCGCUAGGGGGAGGCGGGAUGAGAAAGAAGGGCGGGCAGAGGAUGGUGAUGGGGGCGGAAUACGACAGUGUGGCGCCGAAAGCACUAGAGUCUGGAGUAGUGCUGGAUAUAUGCAGGGUGGCGUGCGCGGAGGAGCAUGCAGCGCUGGUGACGCGGCAGGGGGAGGUGCUGUGCUGGGGGGAGGAGUCCGGGGGGAGGCUUGGGCAGGGCGUGGAGAAAGACGUGGAGCAUCCCCAGCUGGUGGAGGCGCUGGGGGGCCUGCGCGUGGAUCAGGGCGUGGAGAAAGACGUGGAGCAUCCGCAGCUGGUGGAGGCGCUGGGAGGCCUGCGGGUGGAUCAGGUGGCGUGUGGAAAGCACUUCACGUGUGCUCUCACCCGGGGGGGCGAUGUGUACAUAUGGGGGGACGGCCGCAGGUGCCAGGGGCUGCUGGGGUCAGGCGGGUACGGGGACAUGCCGCAGUGGGUGCCGCGCAGGCUGGGCGGCCCUCUGGACGGGGCGCAUGUGGUGCAGAUCGCAUGUGGCCCCUGGCACGUGGCCGUGGUUGCGGCUGGAGGGGAGGUUUUCACGUUUGGCGACGGCACGUUUGGCGCUCUGGGGCAUGGCGACUGCGAGAUUGUUCCAGUGCCCAAGCAGGUGCAGGCGCUACAGGGCUACAGAACGCUAAGAGUUGCGUGUGGGGUGUGGCACACAGCAGCAGUGGUGGACACAGGCCCGUCGGGUGAUGGCAGUGGCGGGGGCAGCAGCAGCAGCAGCGGCACAGGCUGUGGGCAGGUGUUCACGUGGGGUGAUGGGGAAGGGUACAAGCUGGGCCAUGGGGACAAGCAGCAGCAGCUGCUGCCGGCUGUGGUCAACGCCCUGCGCCAGGAGAGCUGCUCCCAGGUGGCAUGUGGGGAGAGCGUGACAGUGGCGGUGACAGCAGAGGGGCAGGUGUACACGUGGGGCAGUGCGGAGUAUGGGCAGCUGGGCAACCCUCAAGCCGAUGGCAAGCUGCCAGCUCCGGUGGCCGGCCUGUUGCAGCAGAAGCAGGUGGAGCAGGUGGCGUGUGGGGCACACCACGUGGCAGCUCUCACCACCACAGCGCACCUGUACACAUGGGGCAGGGGCGCCAAUGGCCGUCUGGGCCAUGGGGACGUGAAGGACAGGGACGUGCCCACCGCUGUCACUGCCCUCAAAGACCGCCGGGUCCUGCUGGUGUCCUGUGGGGCGGCUAGCACCGCUGUGGUGUGUCAGCACAAGCCCUUCUCAGGCGCCGACAACUACCAGUGCAACCAGUGCCGCCAGCCAUUCACCUUCGCACGCCCCCGCCACAGCUGCUACAACUGUGGGCAGCCCGUGUGCCACGGCUGUAGCAGCCGCAAGCUGCUGGGAGCAGCCAUGGCCCCGUCCUCCUCCCGCCCCUACCGCGUGUGCGACUCCUGCCAUGCCAAGAUGGUUAAAGCUGUUGCUGCUGCUGCUGCUGGGGCUGCUGUGGGGGGUGCUAUGGGGGCUGUGGCAGCGGGUGGUAAUGAUGGUCUUCCUAACUUUCGUCGUGCUCGCACCGAGGCCCUUCCAGCACUUUGGAGCUCCAUAGCCGUCCCCACCUCCUUCGCCUCUUACCUAUCCCAGCAGCCACGCCCACAAGGGCUCUCACAAGGUCUCUCACAGGGAACACAGGGACCCUCCCAUGCCCCCCACUCCCGUGCCCUCCCCCCUCCCAACAGUUCUGUAUCCGCCUCCCUCCCCGCUCUUCCUGCCGCUACCCAUGCCCACUCCGCCUCUCCUCCCCUCCGCACCAGCGCUUCACCUCCCGCCAAACCUGACGACUCCCAUCUCCGAACCAGCCGGUCGCUCCGAACCUCGGUCCAAGCCCCGGGGAAGAGGUCAACCAGCCCGAUGCUCCGGCGGUCGAUGGGCACGAGCCCGCUUCGCCGAGCCUCCAGCCCGACCGCGGCGCAAAUAGCUUCGGCAGCCGCUGCAGCCAUGGCAGCUGCAAUGGCAGGGCGUAUGCCUGGUCCCUCUGCUGCCUCCCUUGCAGCAGCAGCUGCAGCGGCAGGGCAGGCGGAGAGGGACACAGCAAUGGCGGGCAUGCGGCAUGCGAAGCAGAACGCAGAGAGGGAGGCGUACCGCCUGCAGGAUGAGGUGGAGGUGCUGCGGCAGCACUGCCAGCUGCUGGAGCAAGAACGCAGGGCGACCCUAGAGCUGGCACAGAGGCAAGUGGAGGCAGCAGUGACAGCAGCCAGUGAAGCGGGAGCGAGGGCAGCAGGGGCACGAGACAUCAUCCAAGUGCUCUGCGCUCAGAUGCAGGAGCUGCUGCAGCAUGCACCGUUGAUCCCGGUCAAGCAAGCCAGCCUGGCAAUCCGAGCCGUUGACGACUCUGUGCUGUACAUGGGUCCGCUGCUCCUGUCGGCCUCCUUGCUGCCCCUGUCUCUUGUUGAGGUGCCACCUCAACCUGUUUCGGGGAGCGGUGCUGCUGCGCUUGCUGCUGCACCUGCUCUCGCCACUGCUGCUCCCGGUGCUUCUGUGGGAACUGUGGAGGCGUGUAGGGUAGGGAGUGCAGCUCCAGCAGCAGGAGCAGCAGCAGCAAGUGCUGCUUCCCAGGCAGCAGGACCAGGAAGUCUCACUGCCAACUCGCGUCCAACCAGAGGCUUCCACGUGUCCUCCUCUCUGGGUAGCUAUAACAGAGUAGAUGCGGGUGGCAAGGGGUUCCCUGGGCUGGUGCUUGCUGUGCCCAACCACCAGCUGCACCCGUGGCUGGGGAACACAGGAGGAGCAGAGCUGGUGCGUGAGGGGCACAUUGAGGGGGUUGGGGUGCAGGAGCAGCCAGAGGGAGGAGUGCCUUGGACCCCCACAGGGGCCUCGUCUGAUAAGAUCUCGCCGCGCUCCAAGUGGAUUAGUGGGGGGAGAGCGACAGAGGGAGCAGCCGCAGCAAGAGCAGCAGGAGGGAGAGAGGCAGGCUCGUUUUCUGGUGUGGCAGGGGUGGGCGUGGCAAGGGGAGGUUCCAGUGUGGAUGUAAGCGCACGUGAGAGCGUGGGAGUGGGGGAUUCAGUGAGAGGAAGCUCACCCUUUGAGGCUCCGGCACGCUGGACAGAAGCAAGUGCGGAGAGGGGCAGCUCUGGCGCUCAGCUGGAUGGUCUCAGCCUGAGAGAGUCACACGGGGGGUAUCCUGGCAGUAGGGGUGGAGGGGCAAUGGGUGAGAAGCAGGAGCGGCGCACACUGCCUGUGUUUGAGGCGCCUCGGGGCGAGAGGGACGAGCAGCAGCAGGAGGAGGGCAAGAGUCGCAUGGUGCCGUCGCUGGUGCGGCUGCAUGAGUCGUGGACACAUCUGCGGCAGCGUGAGACAACUCCUGAGCGCGUCCCUGUGGGUGUCUCUGUGGCGGCUCCCAGUGCAGCUGUGGCUCCUCAUGUGCCUGGCCCGAGCAGCAGGAGGAGCCUGCCUGUUGUGCCUGGGCUCAGCAGCAGAAGCAGUGUGGGUGGGAUGAGCGAGAGCGGAGGGAGAGAGAGUUUGGUCCAGGAACGGAAUGGGCGGCCGAGUGAGAAUCUGAUUGGUAGAUUGGGAGGACUGGCAGGGGAGAGGUACGUUGGUCGGGAAGGGAAGGCUGCGUUGGGUGAGGGUGAUGAGUCAGUUGAUGGUGGUGGUGGCAGUGGUGUGAGGGAAGCAGGUUCUUCUGAUGAGACCAGGCAAGAGGUGAACUUUGGUUGCCAAGGAUGGGAAAACGAAAACGUGGAACCAAGUUUUAGGUAUGCAGACUUGCAAGAGAACAUGGGGCAGGGUGAGCAAGGGAUUGAUGAGGAGGAGGAGGAAGGGAGAUAUGGGAGUCAAGCAGCUGGCUUGCUGUCUGCAAACCCACACACCGAGCAGGAACUGUAUGGGAGACUGUCAAUCAAUGGCAUGGACAAGACUAGCAUGGCUGGUGCUGGUGGUGCCGCAAGCUCUGCUGAUGCUGCUACAGGGGCUUGUACAAUUGAGGAGCACCCAGGCAUGUUGACGGAGGAGACAGUUCGGAUGCAUGGAUUGGAUGGCAUUGCUGAGUGUGAGGAGGAGGGUAGAGGUGCGGACUCUGGGGGUGGUGAUGACAGGGAUGGGUCUCAGAGUGAAGCAGGGUCGACAAGUUCGAGUAGGCGUGGGGAGGGCAAGGGAGGAAGCAGGAAGUCGACACGCAAGCUGCAUGAUAACGAGUGGGUGGAGCAGCCAGAGCCUGGGGUGUACAUCACGCUCUCCAAGCUGCCUGGCGGUGGAACCGAGUUGAGACGUGUCCGAUUCAGCCGGAAGCGCUUUAUUGAACGGCAAGCGGAGACGUGGUGGGCACAGAACAAGACCCGAGUUAUGGAAAUGUAUGCCAUUAAGAGCACUCACAAGAGAUCAGCAGGAGAGGAUAGCUCAGUGCAGCAGCAACAGCAGGUGGCAUCCGCGACGCCUGCUGCAGCAUCAGGGACCGGCCAGUACUAUACGUACCAGUCGCUUGCUGGUUAUGGCACCCAGGCGCAGCAGCAGCAGCAAGCGCAGCAGGCGGGACAGCAGCAGCAGGUUUCUUACACCCAGGGAGCUUCGGCUGCGUCGGCCAACCCGUAUUCCUCGCUCUCCUCCUUCGCCACCACCGUCGACGGAACGUCCAAGUAUUCGGCCGGCGCGCAGGCAGUCGCUGCAGCCUACGGCCUCGAUAUCUCCAGCGGUGCGGGAACCGCCGGCGGUGCUUCCGCGUACGGCGGGUAUGGCGUGGGGACGACUGCUACUACGCCGGCCGCCGCUGGAGGGACGUUCAGCUUCGACCCCAAGACGGGGGCCUACUACCAGGACGCGUCAUCAACGUACCAGCAGCAGCAGGGCGCAGGUGGAGCGUCGGCCAUCGGGCUGGCAGCAGCAGCGGCGUCCAUGCAGCAGGCCAUGGCGUCGCAGCAGCAGGCAGCUGCAGCCCAGCAGCGCGUCUACACCGCGACGGACAGCUACGGGCAGCAGGUGCUGGUAACGGCGCCCACAGCCGCGUCAGUGGGAGGAGGGCAGCGGCAGAUCGUGUACACCACGGGCGUGCAGUACGACGCCGCUGCUGCCGCUGGCGGUGCCACGCCCGUCAUGCUCACUGCCGCGGGUCCCGGGUAUGCUGCCAUGGGGGGAGGCGUGUCCGGCAUGGGCGCGGGCAGCGUCCCGUUCCAGCAGCAAAUGGCCGUGGCGAUGCAGCAGCAGAUGCAGCAGCAGCAGCAGCAGCAACAGCAGCAGCAGCAGCAGCACGUGCCGGCGCAGGGGUUUUCAGCGCCGCAUCCCACGCCUCAGGGCUUCCACGGCCGGGACUUCUCUGCACCUAAGGCGUCUGCCCCUGCUGGCCGAACUUCCGGCCUUGGCGGUGGCAGGGAGGCGGCUGCUGCUGGAGCGGCAAGGAAGGACGAGCGCGACUAUCACAGGCACAGGUCUCCGCCCCGUGACUAUUACCGCCCCUACUCCUGCAAGAUUGAGCCCUUCCCAUUCGCGGAGGUGGAGAGGGGGUACCUGAGCAUCUGCAAGCGCUACCCGCGCCUCUACGUGCCAGCUGACUUCUGCAAGGCGCGAGCUGUGUGGCCUACUCAUUCCACCCCGCUGCCACUCUUCACUCCUGUCAGCUUCGAGCACGACUCAGUAGAGGUAGAAUCUGACGACUCUGCAACCGCUGCUGCCACCACUGCUGCGGCAUCAACCUCGCCUGCUGCUGCAGCAACCGUCGGCACUGCCUCUCCUCCGAGCAAGGGAGACCCAGCUGUGAAGACAGAGCCAGAGGAGGGAGCACAGGUCACUGAAGUGAAGGGUGAGGUUCAGGGCAUGGCAGAGGACGGCACUCCUGCAGGGCAGUCGGCUGGUGCUGCAACAGCGACAGCGACGGCUGGGGAGUCGCCUACAGAGGACACAUCUAUGGCUACGGCGAAUGAGAGCUGUGGCUUUGCCACGUCGCCUGCCCACUCUGCCGCUGCUCCCUUUGGGCUCGAGCUGCCCAUGCUGUGGACUGUCAAGGUGCUGCUGAUGAGCGGCCUGGACGCGCCAGCCCUCGCCCAGAUCACGUCAGACAAGCCCCCUUCGCCCCACGAGCGCCCCCCGCACACCAACCACUCGUUGCGAUUUGUCUGCAUGCGCCGCGACCGCGAUCCCAUCUCAGCCAUUGGCGGGCGCUGGGAGGCGGAAACGGAUGGUGGGGAUCCGAGCAAGGAGGACUUUGGGCUUGUGCGAGCUGCGAUCAGGUUCGUGAAGGCUACCGUGCGCGUGGAUCUGAGCGCAUGCAAGGACUGGGCGCGGCUUAUCGACGUGGUUUACAUGCGAUCUGAUAGCCACGGCAAGCCCACCAACCUCGAGACUGUGACCGUCAAGGUGAAGACGCUCACCAUCUCUCUGGAUGGGCUGCUGGAUUAUGACGAGGAGGAUAGGGACGAGUCCUCCUUCGAGCUGGGGGUGGUGGCGGAGAGCAUCAGCGAGUACAUACAGGAGCGAGCAGGCCGAACCAUCUUCACGCACCUGCAGUUCCUCUAUCCCUUGUCCCUUGCAAGGAGGGCUAAGGAGAAGGAGCGAGAGAGGGAGCGGGAGAAGGAGAGGGAGAGGGAGCGGGAGAAGGAGAGGGAGAGUCGCAAGCGCAGGCUGGAGGCUGAAGCAGCUAAGGAGAAGGCAAAGGAGGGCGGCGAGGGCGAAGGGAAAGGGGAGAAGGCGAGUGGAGAUGAGGCAGCGGCGAAACGGGCGAAGGUGGAAGGUGGGGAGGGGGAUGUUGAGAUGGAGGUUGAGGAGGAGAAGAAGGGAGAGGAAGGCGGUGCAGUGAAGAAGGAAGAGAAGAUGGAGGAGGAUGAGGAGAAGAAGAAGGGGGAUGAGGGGAAGGACAAGAAACCCAGUGCAGAGGAGGCAGUGAAGAAAGAGGAGAAGGUUGACGAGAAGGAAGGGAAGGAAGUGAAGGAUGAGCCAAUGGAGGAGAGUGGUGCAGCGGUGGAAGAGGGCAAGAAGGCGAGUGGUGGAGCGGUAGAGAUCGGGCCGGCAGAGAGGGGGGCAGGAGUUACAGAGGGGGAGAAGAAGGAGAAGGAAGGCGAGGAGGAGGGGGGGAAGGAUGAGAAGGCAAAGGAAGAGGCAAAGGAGACAAAGGAGGUGAAGGAGGUGAAGGAGGUGAAGGAGGAGGACUCGUGGCCCAAGUCUUCAGUGACCUCCUCUGACCUUGUCCUUGCCUUCCGUCAGUUUGACCGCAACCACUCCGACUACCUCAAGUCGGAGGAUCUACGCCGUCUGCUUCACUGCCUGGGGAUCAAUCUCAGCCACAAGAUGGUCAAGGAGCUGGCGCUGGUGGGGGCAGCGGAGAGUGGCAAGCACAGGGACGAGCGCGUCUACUACCGCGUUCUUGCCAACUACUGCUGCUGA